AUGGGCGGACCAGACAACACCAUCACAUCGAGGCAGUCUCUCACCUUGGACCUCCCUCCAAGCUGCAUAGAGUUCUGCCUCUCACAUCCGGCAUAUUUCGUUGUCGGUACUUACAACCUUGUCAAAGACGAGCCGCGUGAUACGGAGUCGGAAGACACAAACGUGUCAACCACGAAAAAGCCUCAGAAUCGCAAUGGCAGUCUGAUUGUCUUUCAACUAGAGAAGGGAGCCAUACGUCAUGUCCAAACCAUCUCCCAUCCCUCAGCGAUCUUGGAUCUUCACUUCUGCCCUGUGUCAAGCAGACAAGAUGUCCUGGCUGUGGUUUCCAGCACUGGAACGCUAUCUGUCUUCAAGCUGGAUCCGACUACGGAUUCAGAGAAGCCUCUGAAGCAUUUGGCGACGAGUCGAAUUCCCGAAACUCCUGAAGGUGCGCUUUUCCUUUCAGGUGUCUGGAGCCCGAGCGACCCCGCUUCGCUUGCCAUCACGACUUCGACGGGCGAGGUGCGUGUCGUGCAGCUUGAUGAGUCGUGGAAGAUUGUCGAUGAUGGCGCGGAAGCUAUCAUCACGCAUUCUCUGGAGGCCUGGACAGUGGCCUUUUCCCCUCACGAAGAGGACAAGGGCCAGGCAGACAGUACUUCCUCCUUCGUCGUCUACUCGGGCGGAGACGACUCUGCUCUGCGCUACGCAUCCUGCACGAAGGACAAGGCUGGGAACCAUGAAACAAUCUCAACUGUGACCACACAGUAUCCCCCUCUGAACAUCAGGGACCACGGUGCCGGAGUGACUGCCAUUUUACCAGUCCCGAUCAGACUAGCAGACGGCUCGAUGAUUGUGGUAACGGGAAGCUACGACGACACGAUACGGGUUCUCUCCGUCCAGCAUCCGCACGAGACGUACGGCAUUCGCAAGUUUAAGAGGCUAGCGGACGAGAACCUGGGUGGUGGAGUGUGGAGGCUCAAGUUAAUCGACCUUCAAGAGGAGGAUGGCCAGUGCCGCUUAAGAGUCCUGGCAUCAUGCAUGCACGCAGGCGCAAGAGUCGUCGAGCUCAAGGGACCAAUUGAAGGCGGCGAGUGGGAAAUCAACGUUCUGGGCCGGUUCGAAGAACAUCAGAGCAUGAACUACGGCAGCGAUUUGGUGCCGGGCCCUGCAGAGGGUCACCUGGUGUGUGUGUCGACAAGUUUUUACGACCAGCUGUUGUGUUUAUGGGAAACUCCGCUAUCAUGA